UAGGGCUACCUUUUCGUGCUUCUGGAUUGCCGGCCUCCGAAACGCAACCCAAGAGGCCCCCCGGCCGCCCGCACUGUCCAUAACCAGUCACCAUGGGUCGCAUGCACAGUCGCGGGAAGGGAAUUUCAGCCUCUGCAUUACCCUACAGACGCACCCCUCCCACCUGGCUCAAAAUCUCCUCUCAAGACGUGGAGGAAAACAUCUGCAAAUUUGCCAAGAAAGGCUUGACUCCAUCACAAAUUGGUGUCACCCUUCGUGACUCUCACGGUGUUGCUCAGGUCAAAAGCGUCACCGGCAGCAAGAUCCUCCGCAUUCUCAAAGCUCACGGAUUGGCGCCGGAGAUUCCUGAAGAUCUUUACCAUUUGAUAAAGAAGGCGGUGGCGAUUCGGAAGCAUUUGGAGAGCAAUAGGAAGGAUAAAGAUUCCAAGUUCAGGUUGAUUCUUGUGGAGAGUAGAAUUCACCGGCUCGCUCGUUAUUACAAGAAGACUAAGAAGCUCCCUCCUGUUUGGAAAUACGAGUCAACCACGGCAAGCACUCUGGUUGCUUAGAGAAAGUGUUGGAACUCUGGACUGGAGGCCUGUUAUGUCCUGAUUUCACGAGUAAGACCUUUCCGGUGAGAAUCUGUCUAGUAAUGUGGGAUAUUUAUAAUGACACUGAAACAAUGAUGAAGUUCUUUGUGCUAACCAUUUUUGGGAUAGUCAAGGAGCAUUAUUGUCUUACAUUUAUUUUUUCCAAUUCACACCUCAAUCCUCACUUA